CUUUGCCAGUACCAAACAAACAUGUCAAAGUUCAACCCCUGAUCAAUCCCAAAUGAACCACACACAGUAUAUAAAGUGAAUUUGGUCCAAAUUAAGACGCCAAAGCUGCUGUCUGGAAGGUUGCCAAGAUGAGGACAGCCCUGUGUUUGUGGAUCGUUAUGGGAGUGCUCUGCCCGGGAGAGGUCAGAGGUCACAAAGGUAACGGAGGUGACCGCCACCACGGUCACAGUCGCGACCAUGACCAUGGUGACAGGCCCGACCACGGUCACGGGCGCAACCAUGACCAUGGUGACAGGCGCGACCACGGUCACGGGCGCGACCAUGACCAUGGUGACAGGCGUGACCACGGUCAUGGGCGCGACCAUGACCAUGGUGACAGGCGCGACCAUGACCAUGGUGACAGGCGCGACCAUGGUCACGGACGAGACCACGGGCAUCAUCAUCAUCAUGAGCCCAGUGACAACAGCACUAAACCAGUGAUCCAAGGAAACUUGGAGUUUGCUUAUAGCCUGUACAAUCAGCUGGUGGCUCAGCCUGACAACCAGGGCAAGAAUGUGUUCUUCUCCCCGCUGAGUGUGUCCCUGGCCCUGGCCGCUCUGUCUGUGGGGGCCAAGGGUCAAACCCACCAGCAGCUUUUCACUGUUCUGGGCUUCAACAGUAGCCUACUGACCCAAGAACAGGUGGACCAGGCCUUCCAGACCAUCCUCACACAGCUCAACCAGAAAAUAGGUGUGAACCUGACCGUAGGAAGUGCACUUUUCAUGCAAAACACCUUUACACCACACCCCGAGUUCCUUGAGGACUUGAAGCGCUUCUACCUUUCUGAGGGUGUCACAGUGGACUUCACCAACACUGCUAAGGCCAUCGAUACAAUCAAUACAUACGUGGGGGACAAGACUAAAGGCAAGAUAGACAAGUUAGUCAAAGAUCUGGACCCAACCACUGUCAUGUACCUCCUCAGCUACAUUUACUUCAAAGGAAAAUGGGAGAUUCCAUUUAACCCUGCAGACACAAAGGAGGACACAUUUCAUGUGGAUGAAAACACCACUGUUCCAGUCCAGAUGAUGAGCAUGAUGAAGAGGUUCUCCGUCUACUACGACCAGGAGAUCUCCACCAGUAUCCUGCAUCUCCGCUACAACGACUCAGUGUCCAUGAUGUUGGUGCUACCGGAGAAGGGACUCGCUAGUCUGGACGAGGUCAUAUGCCUCAACCACAUCACCAAGUGGCACAGGUGGAAGAAAGCCAGGGAAUAUCAUGUAUAUGUUCCCAAGUUGUCCAUCACCACAACAUACUCCCUCAAAGACAUUCUGAGUGGAAUCGGAAUGCCGGACAUAUUCAGUGAUCGAGCUGACUUCAGUGGAAUAUCAGAGGAACUGAAGGUGGCUGUCUCAGAGGUGGUGCAACAAGCCUCCUUGGACGUGGAUGAGGCUGGAGCGACCACAGCAGCUGCCACAGGUGUGGUCCUUAUGCCCCUCUCCUCCCGACACACCCAUGUCUUGAAGUUCGACCAUCCAUUCAUGGUCUUUGUCAUGGACCGGGAAACCAAGAAUAUUCUCUUCAUGGGCAAGAUCAUCAACCCAGCCAACAAAUAAAACCGGUGCUAUGUAAAACCUGUGCUGCAGAAAACAUGUGGUCUAUUAUCACAAAUUGAAAUCUAAGUGCUGCUGUUAGGAAACAUGUAAGCAAACCCAUCCAAACUCUUCUGGGUCAAUCUAGCCUGGGAACCCAAAGUUAACAAGUGUAUAAAUCCUCUGUAUUCACUUUGCUGGAUAUUUGUACUAUUAAAUACUAUUAAAUACAUAUUACCAUUU